AGGGCCGUACCAAGUUGCACCAUACAAUUUCAAGCAAAUAAAAUGGCGCACUCGUCUCUAACACACCUUACGGUCCACUCAGACCCACUGGAACACCUUAUACGGGAGAUGAACGAAUUAGGCGUAAUGACAAUAGAGAGUUAUUAUCAAGAACACUCGGUAUCCAUCAAGAGCGUGAGCCAAGUAAACGAUGCUAUCCCACUGCGUUUGGUAUUUUUUUGCGUGGAUAAGAUGGCGAAAGAGGGAAGAAAAAUCUCCGGUGAGACACUGCAUAGUGAGUGCGAGAGUCUGGUGGCAUUAAUCCCAGGGCAUUUUCGUAACGAUCUGAGACCCGUUGAAAGAGAUGGAAAAGAAAUUACAGUGUCCGAUCUUGAAACGAGGAGAGCCUCACGUUUUAGCAGCUUGAACUCGAUUAUGAGUCAGAGCCUUGACAGUGUUGCUGCAACUGAUGGACGUCGUGGAGAAGUUACCCAAAAUUUAGUGCCAAGUAGCAGGAGAUCUUUUCAAACGUCAAACCAAACAUUUUCAACGCCUUCAAAUUUCACACCCGCUCCGUUUGACUCCCUGGAUAACUCUUCAUCCAGACUAAACCCAGCUGAUGGAAAUGAUUACGUGGAUAACAUAAAUGUGCAGCUGUCGUUAUCCACUCUAGAGCCACCGAGUAUUCUUGGAGCGGGAGGAUUUUCAAAUCAAACAUCUCGUCCACUAUCGUAUCCAGAUGUUGAGGUUAAAGAAAACAUGCAACGAGAAACUGAAAGCACAGCGGGUGACCGCCUCCGCGACUACUUAGUCGCCGUGGAAAGGGAAAACGAACUCUUGGAGAUUUCAAGAACCUGCACUCUGUGUAAGACCAACCCAAGGGGGGUAACGUUCCUCCCCUGCGGACACUUCAUCACUUGCCUGGAAUGUGCGGGGCCGAUCUUCGUCUGCUCUGUGUGUCGCAAGAACAUCUUAGCCACGGUGGACACGUAUUUGAGUUAGUGUGUCGCUAACGUUUUAAAAAAGAAAUAAAUAAAUACGACACAUGUUCAUUUUCACGUUAACAUACUGAUUAUGUUUUAGCAGCCGUUUCGUCAGCCAUACGCACAUAAGUGUUGGACGCGGCGGCUAGCAAACCGUCUAGAACAACCUACCACUUCGCGUCACGGCGUAAGUUGAAGGUCGGCUAUCCAAUCCAGCCUAUUUGAAGUUCCGGUUUAACCAUGGUCUGACUAAAUAAAAAAAAAUGUCCAGUAAACUGGAUCCCUAAGGACAGCACGAGAGAGAGAGGUUCCUUCAACGCAAGCCGCUUCCUGGCUCUGCCCGCCUUGCGUCGGCAACACGGCUCACGGGUCAAUCAUGAGUUUGACACCAAAGACCAACUUUUGAGUUAAUUUCCUGAUUUGGAACGAACAUUCAAAGUUUGUCUUUGCUUCAGAUAGCAUACGGAUACAUCAGAUCACCUUAUUAAUAUAACACGUGAGAUAUCACGAAAGAGAAAAUUGUGUGGGGACAGAAUGCUCAUAUGUCAAGAUGAGUAGAGCUAAAGAAAAAAAACAAAACACAAAUAUGAUGAGACUAUUCUAAACCCAAGAAACCAAGACAACAUUUACAUUUUCUAAAAUAGAAUGUUUCCCUCAUCCAGAAAUUGAUUUCAUAUUGAAAACUAAGUACUAAAGUGAUGUAAUUUACUAAAUCCAAAUGUAGAUAUAUGAAUUGUCUUUUGCGAAUUGACAAGUUUGACAGUAUACUAUUUUCUACAUCUUUAUUUAGUAAACCAGUGUUUCGCAAUGUAUAUAUUUUUUAAAAGGAAAUUUUGGGUUUCUAUCAAAUGGUUAAAAGCAGGGACUCUCAAGCACGGUUGCGGGAGAUUGUACCAUAAAAUGUGUUAAGGUUCAAUUGCAUUUUCAUUAGCAGCCUUAGAUGAUUUUGUAGUGAAUUUUGUUCGAGCACUAUUUGUAAAGGUACAUUUUUGUCAGCAAGUUAAUUAAAGUAGGAAAACAACAACACAUGCAGUACUUCCAUAAGUAUUUAUUUUAUUGUUAUUGUCAAGGAAAAGUAGGGGUAAGGUCUGUUUGGGGUGGGAGAUGACCGGGAAUGUUUUAAAAGCGAGAGGGAAUGUGUGGAGCUUUUUAAAAAAAAUGUUUUUAAGCCCUUGUUGAAAAGAGAACGUAACAUAGUCAUGCCCGUCACAAAUUAUGUGAUCACAUUUUUGAAGCAACCAUUGUAAGUUAGGAUUUAACACAAUAAAAUAUAAUAUCUG